AUGAAGCUGUUGUUUGUUCCAGCGGAAUUCAUCACAACAAUCCGUGGUGCCACACUGCUAAUGCUUAACAAGUACCCCUUCCACAAGAGCGGCCACCUCAUGAACGGGGGCAACCGUUACACUUGCACCAGCAUGUACAAAGGUUGCAGGUCCUACCUCCACGUGAACAAGGAAAACGUCAUAGUUACCACCUUCAUCAAACACAAUCACCCCCCCAUUAAGUUCAUUAAGCUGGAAGAUGGGAGAUACGUCAGAGAAGAUAGAUUCAGUGACAGCCUGUUGACAAAUGGCAGUUUGCAACAUGAAAUUUCUUUUAACCUAGGACCAGCACAAUUCAUCACGACCGUUCGCGAUACCACGCUGCUAAUGCUCAACGAGUAUACUUACUACAAAGGUGGGCGUAACGUUAAAGGAGGGGUUCGCUACACCUGCUCUUACUUGAGCAAGCCCCGGUGCAAAGCCUGUGUGCACGUCGAUAAAGACAAUAAUAUUACUACAGCCAUCGGAAUCCAUAAACACGCUCCCACUAAAUACGUUAUGAUGGAAAGCGGGCGGUACGCCACCCAAAACGACAUUGAUGCAGAAAUCAAAAUUGAAAGCUCUGGGUAUUUGGCAAAAGCAACCUUCAUCACGGGUAAACGCGGCAGUGUGAAGCUGCUUUACGAUGAGAAUACAUUCUUCAAAACUGGGAAGGUAUUGUCGAACGGCAGCCAACGUUAUUUGUGCACCAAAUACAAUUCAACGAGCUGUAGGGCCUGCGUCCAUUUGGAUACGAACAAUUGUAUAAUAUAUUCAAGAAGCAAACAUAAUCAUGCUCCACCAGUGGAUGUUAGGGAUAAUAAUAUGGGACUUGUUGUACCCAUAGAAAAUUAAUUACAAUUAGUUUUAGAAUACAGGUCUCCAAUAGGUCAUCGAAUCACAGUCCGCGUGAAUAGAUUUAUCAAGCAUCUUUGAAAAUAAAAAUGAUGAAAAUUGACUUUUAAAAUAAAACGAACUGUAUCUGGCUGGGAUCAAUCAAAAGUAAAGUUUAUGAUUUGAUUAUUUGAACCUAUUUUUGUGUGAAAGAUUUCGUAAAUCUACUUGCGCGGACUAAUCGUCGUUGACUACCCUUCAAGUCUAUAAACCGGGUAGUUGAAUCUACCUAUUUGAGAAAAUUAGGAUUUUUGAAGGUUCAGUUACUGUUGAACCGCAUUUUAUUGUUUUAUCGAGUCUUUUGUAAAUCUAUUUCGCAAAAUGAUUUUAUUGUAAAAAUAUCUCAUGAUGCCAUUCAAUUUUCGAGAGCUAUGUUAGGACGACAGCAAGUCAGACUAUACAUUUUAAAAUUGCCCCAAUACAUACAGUCAGCGUCAUACAGUUCGUGACGUCCAAUGUGACCAAAAAGUUGACAAUACAACCAUAUUCCAAUUUGAAAGAAGACGUGUUCCGAACUUUUUGGCUACUUUACGUCACGAAUUAUUUGACGCUGACUGUACGACUACAUAAAGCUUGAUUUACUGUCGUUACAACAUAGUUAAUCUGCAUUUGUAUUUGUGACAAAAGAUAAAUUAUGUCUCUAUUUUUAAUAAUACUUUAUGAAAUUUUAUCUCGCAUUAAAUUACAGCGAUUUUAAACACAUCAUAGGUACUGAAAAUAAAUAAUAUUUUUAACACUUUGUACUUUCAUACCCUGUCGCAUCCGAUACGAUGAAAUUUGGUCAUAUAAUCAGAAGGUUGUCCAGCAGAAAAAUAAAACUACAAAACCCCCAUUAAGUAAGUACUAGUCACCAUUUUCUACUCUCUCUAAUUUCUGUUUUGUCCAAAGGUCGACGGCGAGAGAUUACCAUAAGCUUUAACAUCGCGUUUUGCACCAUUCUGUAGCAGUUUCAUAUUACUAACAGAACUAUCUAAAUCUUUCAUUCCCGAUAUUCUAGCUACAUACAUAAAGACGCAUCGCGGAUCGAAACUUUUGUAUCUCGACGGCUACACGUACUGCAAGACUGGCCAAAUCAGGGCUGGUGGUAGCCGCUGGCUGCUCCUCCGUCAGCAAGGGCUGCAAGUCGUACGUCCACGUCGACAAGAAUGACGUCAUACUGCACUACGUCACAGAACACAACCACGAGCCAGACCAGUACUUCGUGACCAAGAGUGGGCAUUACGUGAAAGUUAAAUAGUAAGGAUUCUACUGAAUACUGUAGGUGUAGAAACUAAGAUGAUGUUAAUAAGUAGGUACUUAAAGCAAGAGUGUAGUAACUCAGACUUACGGCAUUUGUAAUGUACUUUGUAAUAAACGACGCCUCGAGGAACGAAGCUUUCAUAUCUCGACGGCUACACGUACUGCAAGACUGGCGAGAUCACGGUUGGUGGUAGCCGCUACGGCUGCUCCUCCGUCAGCAAGGGCUGCAAGUCGUACGUCAACGUCGACAAGAAUGACGUCAUACUGCACUACGUCACAGAACACAACCACAAGCCAGACCAGUACUUCGUGACCAAGAGUGGGCAUUACGUGAAAGUUAAAUAGUAAAGAUUCUAAUUGAUACUGUAUUAAGUAGAAAAGAAGAUGAUGUUAAUAAGUAGGUAUUUAAAACAAGAGUGUAGUAACUCACAAUUACGGCAUAAGCUUGUAAUGUACUUUGUAAACGAAGAUGACUUUCUAAUAAAUUAA